CGGGGGUGGUGGGUGCUGCUCGGGCCGGGGGCUCCGGGGCGCGGGCCGCGGUCGCCGCCCCAGUCCCACUGAUGUGUCUCCUCCGCCCGCCGGCUCCGAGCAGGUGGAYGUGGCCUACGGCGACAAUGGCCUGGACUCUGCACUCUUCAUGGAWAAUGCCCGGAAAGGCAGCAUAGUGUCCCGGGCCAACAGCAUCGGCUCCACMAGUGCCUCUUCUGUCCCCAACACAGAUGAUGAGGACAGUGACUACCACCAGGAGCCCUACAAGGAGUCGUACAAGGACCGGCGCCGCCGGGCACACACCCAGGCCGAGCAGAAGCGCCGAGAUGCCAUCAAGAAAGGCUACGAUGACCUGCAGGCCAUUGUCCCCACCUGCGAGCAGCAGGAUUUCUCCAUCAGCUCACAGAAGCUGAGCAAGGCUAUCAUCCUCCAAAAGACCAUCGACUACAUCCAGUUCCUGCACAAGGAAAAGAAAAAGCAGGAGGAGGAAGUUUCUACCCUCAGGAAAGAUGUGAUGGCCUUGAAGAUCAUGAAAGUGAACUAUGAGCAGAUUGUGAAAGCUCAUCAGGACAGCCCGAAUGAGGGGAAGAACCAGGUCUCUGAUGAGGUGAAGUUCAAUGUUUUCCAAGGCAUCAUGGAUUCCCUGUUCCAGUCCUUCAAUGCCUCAAUUUCCGUAACGAGUUUUCAGGAGCUCUCGGCGUGUGUCUUCAGCUGGAUCGAGGAGCACUGCAAGCCCCAGACACUGCGGGACGUUGUCAUCGGGGUCCUGCACCAGGUGAAGAACUGUGGGAGGCGAAAAAAGUCUUAUGGAAUGACUAAAGGGCCUUCACUCACUUUUGCUCAAUGAUGGUUGACAAAAAGCAUUUUGGGAAAUGUACAGUGGACAUGUGGACAAGAACAAGAAGGAUGGAUGUGUAAUUCAAGCUUCAAAGUGUGAAGCGYAUGAACCGCAACACAGGAAGCGAUAAGGAUGUGGCAGGGGACCAGUGUGUAUUUUUGGGAUUUUGUUUAGUUAACAAGAACACUAACAAGAAUAUUUUUAGCACAGAAUAAAAGGAAGAAUGUUUUUAGGAAGAAUGUUUUUAGCACAGUAUAAAAAGCCUUKCAUAGUUGUAAUAAACAUCUCUCUUUGCUG